UUGUGCAUUGCCCAGCUAUCUAUAGCUUACCCUUUCCAUCGUUCGCUUCAUCUGCAAAGUCAAGCAUUGCUUUCAUCAAGUCCCAAACAUUGUUUUUAACUUACCAUUGUCCCUGCCAUGGCAAAACGCAAAAUCAACCCGCCCACAAACAGCGGUGCAGCCGAAGAAAAUGGCCCCCAAAAGAAAAAGAGGGCACCAAAUCGCUCUUGGACAAAGGACGAGGACGAUCUCAUCAAAUCCCUCGUCGCAGAGCAUGGCACAAACUGGCUCAAAAUCGCGGAGAUCUUUAACAAGCUCAGAGGUGUGGACCACAAGCUACUCGGCAGUCAUUGGAGAACGCUUCGUAAAGAGGUCGGUAAAGAGGAUAACGAGGAUAUCGUGAGCGACGACAAAGAUGGCGACCAAGAAGACACGGAGGAGGAAUGA